UAGGGUUUCUGCACCGUUUGUUUACAAACUCUUGAACUUCUUGACUUGACAGGGAUUUUUCUGACGCUACGUCAACAGAGGUGGAAUGCGCGCGUGCCAAUAGAUGUUAAUAAGAUACGAUAGACGCGCUGCUCAGAAGAGAGAACUACUCGGUGAACGCGCACUGAAAACUUGCUUAUGCGAUGCCCCACUAAAGAAGAGGAAUAUCUUUUUUUACUGGGUUACUGAGUUAUUUGUCCUCGUGCCCCUACUUUUUAGCGCAUCAUAGAGUCUUCGCUUAGUUUUAAUCGUGCACGAGCAUUGCUGGAUAUGAUGCCAGUUCAAAGAUUCGCCAAGGACACAUCGUUGGGACAGUUUCAGGUAGAUUUGACCCGUUUGUGGAUUUAAAUCCCUGGAUGAUGCUCUCAAUGCAAAAACACGUCCUCUUGUUCCUUAUUAUCCUCAAUACGACUCUGCAACGAAGGGUGGAUGGCAACCCUUUAGUGAUGGAUCCCAAUAGUAUCUGCCGUAGGACUAGAACGCUGGGAAGCAAACAUGCCGACCUGUGCCAGUCUCAGCCUGAGAUCAUUCAAGAAGUGGCAAAAGGUGCCCGGAUGGGCAUUCGUGAAUGCCAACAUCAGUUCCACAACCGUCGCUGGAACUGCACCAGCCAGAGCAGGAACCUGGCCAAGAUCCUGCAACAAGAUAUCCGGGAAACUGCAUUUGUGUAUGCUAUCACAGCUGCUGGGGUGCUGCAUGCGGUGACACAAGCCUGCAGCCAGGGGGCGCUGCCACAGUGCGGCUGUGUGACCCUUCAGAGCUCCUCUCAAACUCACCAUGACUCCCCGGCGGAGGAGGAGGUACCUAUCCAGGCUUCACCUGUACAAAAUGGCCGCUGGGAAUGGGGGGGCUGUGGAGAUGAUGUGGACUUUGGCAACGAGAAGUCUCGUCAGUUCAUGGAUAUCAGGCAGAGAAAAGGCAAGAGUGACAUCAGGACCCUUAUUGACCUGCACAACAAUGAGGCAGGAAGACUGGCCAUACGGAUACAGAUGCGAACAGAGUGUAAAUGUCAUGGCCUUUCUGGUUCCUGCACACUUCGCAGCUGCUGGAGGAAGAUGCCUCUCUUCCGUCAGGUCGGUGACUAUCUCAUGCAGAGCUUCCAUACGGCCGUUCGCGUGAUGGGUGGGAAUGAUGGGAAAUCGCUUGUCCCCAUCGAUCCGGAUGCCCCUCCUCUGGAUGCAAAUGUCCUCAUCUAUUCAGCUGAGUCACCUGAUUUCUGUCAGGCCAAUCAAAGGACUGGUACAGAAGGCACACAGGGUCGUGUGUGUAACAGCACAGAGACGGGGCCGGGAGGCUGUGACAGCCUGUGCUGUGGUAAAGGAUUUGCAGACUACACACUGGAACAUGAGGAAAACUGUCUGUGUCGGUUUCACUGGUGCUGUGAGGUUCAGUGCCAGAGAUGUUCUGUGAGAAAGGACGUCAGCCUCUGCUUGUGAAGUCGAGGAGCUAUAAAACAGAAUUGCAUCUGUGAUGUUUUUGAGCUAUUUUCUCUCCUGUCUGCAGAGGAGCAUCUUCUGUGCAGAAGGACGCAGUGACUUGUGAAAACAAGUGCUUUUUUUGAUGGUCCACUGGUUAUUGCAAACAAGACUGAGCAAUAUCUAUAAGUCAGGUGGGAGUCUGGCUUGUGACAUAUAAACAAACAUAUGUUGUGCUGCCACCUGCUGGUACUUUAUUAAGAGAAAUGAGUGUAUAUAGAAAUCAAGUGUUUUCAGAACACCACCUGGGAAUAGACUGAUGAGCUUGAAACUUGAGACAAAAACAUCCUGUGAUGCACUUUGGCCAAAUCAAAGCUCUCAUGUGGCCAUUUUCUUUGGUAUUUGAAAAUGAACCAAUAUCAGUACUGUCCAUGGUGCUGAAUCCCUGACUGAUGCGUUUGUCUGGCAAACCUAAAGAUACAGUCAGUACCCGACUGAUUUAGAUUUUGUUGGUUAUUAUUUUACAUUUUCCUUUGUACCUGUACAUGCUUUUAAUUACCUGCUUAUGUUUGUUGCAAGACACUGAAAAAAUGGUAACCUAAAAAAAUGUGCUCCAUGUGGUUAGUUCACCCAAAAAUGAAAAUUCUGUCAUUAAUUACUCACCCUCAUAUUGUUCCACACCCGUAAGACCUUUUCAGAACACAAAUUAAGAUAUU